CAGUGCAACCACCUAUCCUUUCACAAUCUAUAUAUACUUUUCUGAUCUAUCUGCCCGAACGUUAAUGGUGACCAAGCGGUUCUUUGAUGACUCUGAUCAUGAUCAAGACCCGGAUGAGCCCCCUCACCAACGCACAAGACCCACUCUUGCUUCGGUGAUUGGAGAAGUGGUUAUGGCGAAAAACUUGCAGAACCUUCUCUCAGGCUUGGAACCUUUGCUCAGAAGGGUGGUGAGUGAGGAGGUGGAAGGAGUAAUGAGACACAUGUAUCCUAGAACCAUGACAAGGUCUGCAUCGUUGAGGAUACGAGCAUCAGAGGAAGCACCGAACCUGCAACUGAGCUUUAAGGAAAAGCUGAGGCUCCCUAUAUUCACGGGAAGCAAAAUACUGGAUAUUAAUGGGAAGCCAAUCCAGGUGGUUCUCGUAGACAAAAGUGGGGAUCGAAGGGUUCCUACAAGUGUGCCUUAUCCCAUGAGGCUAGAAGUUGUGGUUCUCGAUGGAGAUUUCCCGCCUGCUGAUAAGCAAGAAUGGACCAGCGACGAAUUCAACAACCACAUAGUGAAGGAGAGAGCAGGAAAGCGACCCUUGCUCGCUGGAGAACUCAACAUGACCGUGAGAAAUGGCAUCGCAUGUUUGGGUGGGGACAUUGAGUUUACGGAUAACUCGAGUUGGAUCAGGAGCAGGAAGUUCAGAGUUGCUGUCAAAGUGGUUCCUCAGACCAAUCGAGGUCCUAGGAUUCUCGAAGGCUUCACUGAAUCUUUUGUCGUCAAGGAUCAUCGAGGCGAAUUGUACAAAAAGCACCAUCCACCAGUUUUGCAAGACGAAGUGUGGCGGCUAGAGAAGAUCGGGAAGGAUGGGGCAUUUCACAAGAAGUUGUCCUCAGAGGGUAUUAACAAUGUUCAGGAGUUUCUCAAGCUGUCUGUGGUGGAUCCUGCUAGACUCAGAGAGAUAUUAGGGAUAGGGAUGUCUGAGAAAAUGUGGGAAGCGACGUUGAAGCAUGCGAGGAGCUGUAAGAUGGAGAAGAAGCUUUACGUAUACCGUGGGCCUCAGUUUGCGGUGUUUCUGGAUCCCAUAUGCCAAGUGGUCAGAGCUGAUAUCAAUGGUCAGAUCCUGCAAGACAGAGACCUCAACAACAUGAAUACGAGCUACAUCGAGAAGCUGGUGAGAGAAGCAUACGCCAGAUGGGACACGUUGGAGGAAGCAGAGCCUGAAGGGCUUUUGAAUGAUAACAAUUCCUUGUUAACUGAUCAAGGGCAAGGGGAAACAGUAGUGGAUCAAAUUCCAGAAAGCCAUCAAGUCAGUUGCGAUCUCUUUGGAGAUAACUCAAUAGAAGCGGCCAACUUUGGACUGGGCAAUGGUCAAGUGGCGGGAGGCAGUGAGUGGCCGACGUUGAAUCCAGCAUAUCCUACGCUGCUUGGGAAUGCCUGCCCUUUCAGCUUCUCAGAGUCACAAUCAGAUGUUGACAAUAUGACGCCUUCAGGAUCUGUCAUCCAUGGACCCCCCAAGUGGCCCUGAAAUUAUUUUUACUCUAAAUCUGGAAGUAGGAGCUGAGUUGAUUGAGAAAAGAUCAUCUCCCGUUACUGUACUAAGCUGAAGAUGAUCCUAUUCUUGUUUAUUAGCCUGUUGACAAACUGCAUCUCCAUGCACUAUUCACUAAUGUGAAUGUCAUGACUUAGCUGUAUAAGUUGGGCUUGUAUUCUCUCUUUCACCAAAUCUCAUACAGCAUAUCUUAAUUUGUGGGGAGUUUCUGGCCCAUUUAAGGUUACGGCUCUAUAUAAUUCAAAAGUCAACCAGCCCUUUGAUGUUCAACAAUUAGAGACUCCUCUCUCUGCAACACGGCGUGCUGCAACGUGAACAUCCUUUCAUGCAUGCGGUCUGUUCUCCUAUUUUGCGCUUUGGUUUGGAGUUUCUAUCCUCAUCGAAUAAUACCGAAUCCUAUCUCUGAAGCAAAUGAGUUAUUGAAAUGGACCUUCUGCAAUCCUAUUUGUAUAAAAAAA